AUGAGUGCAUUUGGCCAAGGCAGCAGUUUUUUUUCUGGAGGCGGCGCGUCUGGAGCAUCAGGCAGUGGUAAUCCAAGUCCAUUCGGUGCAUUUGGAGCAAAACCAAGCGCUUUUGGAAACACCUCAACGAAUACCUCUACAACUCCUGCCAGUGGCAGCCUAUUUGGAGGCGGAAACACGAAUUCUACUACUACGGCAGCGGCGACGCCCGCGGGUGGGAGUGCUUUCGGUCUCCCUAAGCCGGUAGGGAACAGCACAACGAUGACCCAACCGACUUCAAGCUUCUUCAGCCAACCAGCCGCAUCUAGUGGGACUGCCGGAGGAGGAUUGUUUGGAUCCACACCAAAGCCAGCUGGAGACGCGUCCACUGCACCAAAACCGAGCGCCUUUGCAAGCAGUUUCGGAACCACACCUGCUGCCACUACGACUACUACUACUUCAACUCCGGCUGCCUCUGGCGGCGGAGCUGCAGCAAACGUCACACCAGCAUCUAACAUUUUUGGCGCAAGUGCUAUUCCUGCCGCCGCUUCGCCUUUAGGCGCUCCUCCUGCUGGUACUUCUACUGACUCCAAUGCAUCGAAGCCAAACCUUUUCGGCAACAACUUAUUUGGUCAAACGUCUGCCUCCACUGGUGCUUCAGCAGCGUCAUCGUCUACGCCUGGUGCUUCAACAUCAACCGCGCAGCCGGCGGCUUCGGGCAGUGGUCUUUUGAACCCAGGUCUCUUUGGCAAUACUGCAGCAGGGACUUCAACAACUGCAUCAACCUCAACACCCGCAGCAUCAUCCACUGCUACUCCCUCAGGUGGCUUGUUUGGUACUAAACCUGCUGAAAAGAAAGAAGGAACUCCCGUAUCUGCCUUUAGUCUUCCGGGUUCAAAACCUGAAGAGAAGAAGGAUACGCCUGCGGCUUCAUCCUUUGGCUUAGGCGCGAAACCCGCUGAAAAAGAAGGUGACAAACCUUCAGGACUCACUCCCAGUACGUCAACUGCACCCGUCGCGGUGCAGCCGCCUUCCAUGCUCAAGGGAAAGACUAUCGAAGAGAUCGUCAACAAAUGGUCAACGGAUCUUGAGACGCAUGUCCGCGAAUUCAACAAGUUCGCUGGAGAGGUCGCUGUCUGGGACCGAGCUCUUAUAGAAAACGGGAACAAUUUAGCGGCUCUGUACGGUCACGUCCUGGCUGCGGAGCGAGAACAGAAUGAAGUAAAUCAAUCACUUGAUCACAUCGAACAACAGCAAAGAGACCUCGCUGCGACGUUGGAUGCGUAUGAAAAGACAGCCCAAGAAAUAUUCGGUGGGCAAGGGGCAAAUCUUAGGUCCAUCGAUAAAGGGCCAGCUGACAUGGAACGGGAUAAGAAUUACAUGCUGGCCACGGACCUGCAAACCAACCUUGACGAUCUCUCGGGAUCGCUGACACAAAUCAUUGAAUCGGUCAAUUCCUUGUCGUUACCUUCAGAUAGCUCAUCUCAGGACCCAAUGACUCAAAUAGCUCAAAUUUUGAGCAGCCAUUUGGAGAGUCUACAAUGGAUUGAUGGUGCUGUGAAAGAGGUCGACACGAAGGUGACGGAGGUCGAAAAGAAGGUCCGAGAGUCUGGUCAUGGAUCUUCCCUCAACGGCAAUACCAACUACAAGUCGAGGGGCUUUGGUCUUCGAUAAAUUUAGUCCUUUAUAUAAGGAAUGCAUGUUGGGUUAUGGUCGUCGUUGUGUAAAAAUAUAUGGAUCUAUGAUAAUGGCGAAGCGUACAUUACAUAAUAAGUUCUAAUAGGUUACAAAACGCUGUAUCUUCCCAUCGUGCCAGUAGGAUUGCGCAUCUCUGCCUGU